GAUCAGAACCAAAACAAGCAACUGAUAAAUUCUGAUGGAAUGCUGAGAAGGCGAAUUACUCCAAAGUCCAUAUUCAUUGCUCCAACGUUCAGUCCUGAGUCUCUGCCUGCUUGUGCUGAAGGAUAUAGUUCGGACUUGAUGGGUCGUUGUAUUAAAAUAAUUAAGCUGGAUCAGGAUGCUCAUUACGAAUUUUUAAUUGAAAAGUUGAAGGAAAAGUUCAGCUCGGCAGACUAUGACGAUUAUUAUGAUGAAACGGUUACAACCGCUGGCCCUUUGCAGGUAAAUAUACCGUUAGAGAUCAAUAGUGGAUUAGUCGAAAAUGACGAGAGUGAUGAAGAAACUGAUAUUGCCAUAAUAGUAUCUCCCACGAAAACUUUUUUUGACCAAAAAGUUCUCAAUUUGGACAAAAGAGAGAGCAUGGAUGAUGGAAAGAAACAAGAAUUGUACCUGAAAAAUAUAGCAAAAUCUACAAUAAACAGAGAAAAUGAACCCGUUAAUAGUUUGGUGGUGACAGAACCAGUUUCACCCACAACAGUUGAUAACGAGGAAACCACCAAAGUAAUUGAGACUGAGGGUUUAAUUACAUCUUCCACUUUUGAUACGACUACUUUUGAAGCAACUACAGUAGACAUGCUGGAUCUGGAACAACAGGAUAGUACCAAUUCGAACGUGGAAGUGAUGACAACUACAGAAAAUUAUUCAACUGUUCCUGUAGAAACUACAACUCAACUGCCUUCAGUAUCGUCUCUCAAACCAGGUAUUUUGCCUCUUUCACCUCCCUUCAAGUGGCGUUUUCCCAAUGACAAAAAAGUUCACUCUAAUCAUGUGAAAUUCCCGGACAAUCAUGAGUCAGUUGUAUCUCGAAUGUCAACAGAGGAUUCUCGUGGAAGAAGUGUAGGAAUCAAUCAUCAAGAUUUCUCGAGACAAUCCGAUGAUCCAGUGGUUUUCCGUGAAGCUGUCGGUUUAGAUUCCAACAGUGGGCAUCCCGUACCUGCAACAACCCAUCGAAAUUUCAACAGGAGGAACCGUGACAGGCAUAAUGGUCUUUUUUCGCCAAGGUGGAGUCAAAGCACCUUCCACAAACCUGUAGUUUUGAGAUUUUCAAGAAAAAGUGCCUAUAUUGAUACCAAUCAAUUUAAAAAUGAGGAGUACUAUAGAUCGAUUCCUACAGAUGAUUUAGCUUAUUUAUUCAAAUUCAAGCAUAAACAACCUUUUCAUUAAUUAAUGUUUAGGUAUACCGCUUUGAUGUGAUUUCGUUGUAUAUAGUUAUUUAUUAUUGUAUAUAGAGAGCAUAACAGUUGAAUUAGGUCAGUUUUGGAGAAUUGAGACAAUGUAAUUGUGAGGUUAACUAUUAAUGUGGUAAGAACAGUAAAGGCAACAAAAAGUUUGUAUCCAUGUCAUCCUUGUCAUAUUUGCCUUAGUGAAAAUCUACCAGAUUGAUAAAAUGGUGCAAACUGUAAAAUUGUUUUACUUCCGAACUAAGGCUCAGCUGUUAAAAAUUAUAUUCCGGCAAAUGUUUCAAGUGUGUAUGUGAUACUAAUUUAUGUAGUGAAAUAAAUUGUCUGCUUCUUAUAUCAAUCCCAAAUUAGAUUGUUUCAUUUUAUUAUGAUAAAGAGUGGAGAAGAAUUCACAUGAAUAUUUUCUAAAUUAAUAGAUUGAUUGUUACGAGGUAAAACGUCAAGUUGGAUAGUGGCUGAUGUACUGACCUCAUUCAAUUCAAAUGUUUUUAACUGUAGAUAUUAGUUACUAAGUAAAUGCAAGUGUAAACAUCUAUGGAGUAUUUUCAUUUUUGUCAUAUUUAUUUUGAUACAGAUUCGGUUAGCUCGUAAUUUCAAAAAAGUACACAUAUUUGUCUAAUAGACUCUCUAAAAUAAAAUAGUAUUAAAACAUUUCUUCAAAAUAAAAA